AUGGUUCUACUGAAGCAUACCACGCCAAUACUAUCUUUAAAUCUGUAUAGCAGUGUUAAUAAUAAUAAUUCCAAUGGUAAAAGCAACCAUUUUGAAUCAAAAUCAAUCAUAAACUCACCAACAUCCUUGAAUAGUCCCAAUUCUACUGUGAUACGAAAACCAAAACCAAAAUCAAAAUGCUCGAAGAAAAAUAAGAAAGCAUGGUACCAAAAAAGAAUAAGUUCAUCAGAUUAUGAAGAAGACUCAGAAAGUUCAGAGGAUUAUCAUAACAACAACCAUAAUAACUUUUCAGGAUUAGAAAAUGUUGUAAACGAAUCAACGGAAAAAACACCAUCACCUCAUAAAAUUAAAAUUUUAGAUAAUCGAGAAUUUUUAGAUUAUGCUUCAACUCCAUUAAAUAAUGCAGUUUCAUUCUUAUCACCAAUGAAUAAACUACAUACUUUACAUCUUGAGUCAGAAAUUAUGGAUGAUAAAGAAGAUGAUGACGAUAUUAAUGAUCAUGAAGGACUGGAUGAUGUAGAGAGUAUUAUAUACGAAGAAGACGAGGAAGGAGAUGAUGAAUUUGAUGAAUAUUCUUUAGGAAAUAAAACAAUUGCAAAUAAUUCAGAUGAGAAUUUUGAUAAUAAUUCAAAUGAUGAAAUUUAUAUUUCACCACCAAAAUAUAUAAACCGCAAAAAAAGAAUGCAUCUGGAUAGAGAAAGUCUAGAUAUUAGAAUGAGUACCCCCAAUACAAUCUCACAUGAAUCUAAAAUGUCAAUUUGUCAUACAAAUAAUUCCUCAAUAAAUAAUUCAAGUUUAAAAUUAAGUUUUUCAACAAAUGAUUCAACUCCAUGUCCACCACAACCAAAAAGAAAAAAGUUGAAGUUCAAGCAAGCUUCAACUACAAAUAUUUUAGAUUUGAAUUAUGCAAGAAAAACUUCAUUACAAGAUAUUCCACCAGUUCCAAUCCAUCAUGGUACACAAGAAGAUGAUGAAUUUGAAGAAAAAAAUGAUUCAAGCUCAUUUACUAAAGUGAAUAAUGAUUUAGAUUCAACUCCAAUUUCUCAAUCAACUCCUUCAUCACUGAGAGCUUCAACUCCUCCAAUACAUACAACGACAAAUCAAGAGAAUGAGAAUAAGACUUCAAACAAUUCAAACAACUCAAUAAAUGUUGACAAAUUUGUCAAACCAAAACAAAGACUACCACCACAUUAUAAGUACGAAACACCAAUAAAUGGAAACAGAUAUGAAACACCAGUGAGCGGUAAUCGAUAUAAUCAACUAAAACAAGAAUAUAAUAAACAAAACUAUCACAUAUUAGGAGAAUUACCUAUAACAUCAGCUGGAUUGAUGAAUGAAGAAGAUGAUGACAUACAUAUUGGUGAUAAACGUAUUAAUGAUCCAUACCUUACACCACAAAAUGAACAAUUACAAUCAGAAUUAAUUAAGUUUGAAUAUUUCAAUAAACUUAGACUACCUCUAUUACCACCAUUUUUUUUCCAAGAAAAUUUACCAACUACAACAUUACUUCAAUUGAUCAAUCAAGAUAGUUUAAAGGAGUUUUACAAAAUAGUAUUAGAUAAGGAGCAACCAAUGAUAGAUCUACUAAAGCAAGAAAGAAUCAAAUGGCAUCCUGAUAAAUGGAUUGGAAGAUUAAAAUCAGAAACUUGUGUAACAAUAGAAGUUAUUGAUCAACUAAGUCAAACAAUAAAUUCAUUGAUUGAUACAAUUGAUUAUUAA